GUGGACAUAGGGGUUCAUUUCGGUGGGUAUUUUUAAGAGGUACGGCCGAGAAAUGCAGCAGGGAGGAAAAGGCUCCCCCGCGAGUGAUCUAUUUUUAGCAGCAGCUGUUGCAAUAUAAAGAAUGGGAAGAGGACGAGAGGCGGCAUUGCUCUGUGGAGGUUUUUGCUUUGCAGUUCACCGAGUGCCUGAAAUGCGACAGUUCCCUGCCUAGUCCGGCUCCGAGGCUCCUGCUCAGGUACAGAAGGGGACAUUAUGGCGACCAGUGCUGUUCUGAGUGACAACCUCCCAACUUACAAACUGGUAGUGGUGGGAGAUGGGGGUGUGGGGAAGAGCGCUCUCACCAUCCAGUUUUUCCAGAAGAUUUUUGUGCCUGAUUAUGACCCAACCAUAGAAGAUUCCUACUUAAAGCACACAGAAAUAGAUGGACAAUGGGCUAUACUGGAUGUGCUGGAUACGGCAGGCCAGGAGGAAUUCAGCGCCAUGAGGGAGCAGUACAUGAGGACGGGGGAUGGCUUCCUAAUCGUUUACUCCGUGACGGACAAAGCCAGCUUCGAGCAUGUGGACCGAUUUCACCAGCUUAUCCUCAGGGUGAAAGACAGAGAAUCGUUCCCUAUGAUACUGGUGGCAAAUAAGGUGGAUCUGAUUCAUUUAAGGAAAGUCUCAAGUGAACAAGGAAAGGAGAUGGCUACAAAACACAAUAUUACUUACAUUGAGACAAGUGCCAAGGAUCCACCUCAAAAUGUGGACAAGGCCUUCUAUGAAUUAGUAAGAGUCAUUCGGCAGCAAGUCCCAGACAAAAGCCAAAAGAGAAAGAGAAACACCAAGUGGAGAGCCGACAGAGGGACCGGGGUUCACAGGUUGCAGUGUGUCGUAUUGUGACCUCAGCACUGACUAAUGCAAACUAGUGACAUUGUGCACUGUAUCAGAACUGUAUCACAGGCCAGGCACUGAAGCGGCAAUACUUGAAGUGAGGCCAAGCUGCAGAGAUCUGUGUGGGUCACCAAGCCAGUUCCAAGAAAGUGGGCACAACCCUUCCAAACCUCAGGAUUUCCCACAUGGCGACAGCAUUCCCAAUUCAGGAGCUCACUGCCCGCACAUUGAUACUUUCCUGAGAUACGGAAGUGUCACUUCUUCUUUCAUUUAUAUAUGGGUGGCUUUAUCGACUGGGGUUGUGUCUCUUUCUUGUGCGUAGAACAAAUCAACGUUAUGUUUUUCACUAUGGAAAAGCUGAUGAAAUUGGGCUGGUUUUUCGAGGUGACGAAUACAUUUUCAAUGUUAUUAAGCCAAGAGCAGAACCAUGAACCAGUCCUAAACUGGAGCAAGAGCAGCUUCUCAAUGAAACUUCUAUCUCCAAUAUUAUUAGACUGAGAGCACCAAUUAUAUGCUGGAGAUUGUAUGCUGUAACUUCUAUAUUUCUCCAACAUUAUCUGGGAGAGUAGAACCCAUUAACCAGUCCUUCACUGCAAAGAAAGAAUUACAUCUUCUAAUUCUCAUGCACUGCCAACAACAAACCUGUAACCAAGUCUCAGUGGAAGAUAUCAGCUUUCCAGAUAAGGGAUUUUUUGGAUCCAGCUGUUCCCUCUCAGGGAUUUCAAUGCCACUUUUUGUAAAUCCUGCAAAAAAAAGACAAAACAAACAAAAGUCAUGUAUGGGUCCACAUCUAUAAGACAUUUGCUACAUGGUUCUCUGACUGUUGAGCUCCUGUAGGUGUACUUGCACUUUUCUUUACUCUGUGAAAUGAGUGGUUUAUUAAUAUGAGAUGCAGAGUAACUGCACUGAAACAUUAGCGGUACCAUUCCCUCAGCCAAUGAACUGCAGGACACAUAACCCUUUUUCUUACUCGGCAAAUGAUUGGAUUCUACCCCCAGACAUAUUUGUACUGGGCCCAGAGAUUGCAAGAACCACUGCCUUUAACAAUAUUAUAAUAUAUAUAGCUAGUUCUUGUGAAAGUAAAGGUUUACUGGUGUGCUGAUGGUGCCCUAUUCCGGGUUACCAGACUAAUUCCCUUUUGGUAAUAUCUUUUGGAGCUGAGACAUCCUGCCAGUUAGCACAUAUGGAGUCUUGCAGGUUACUUAUCUGUUUUAAAGGGAUUUUGUCAUCAUAAACUUCCCCUUUUAAGAAGCUUUUUUCAUGAAUUUAUAUAUACUUAAAAAGUUCUGUAUGAUUCUCUGACCCAGUAUGUAUGAACACUUCCAUGUAUUUUUAAAUUGCCAUGGUUUCGUUUACUCUGCCUUUGAUUGUGUUAUCUUUAUCACUCGUCAAGAUAAUUUUAUGAAGGCCCAUGUCACAUCGAGAUACAUAAUUUCAAUGGCAAGAAUAAAACCGUUACAAAAUAAAGGUGGCCAUAGAUGCAUGGAUCAUACCAUAAUCGGUACGUGUGUGGUGGGAGACAAGGUGACCGAUAUUGGUAAAAAGCCUGGGAUAUCGGUUGUCCGCUGGGCCGCGGACAUACCUGAACCUCUGACGCGUAUGCACCAAAUUUUACGAGGAUGUCACAAAUUUGAUGCCGCACGCGCUCGAAUUUGUCUAGGUACGCGCAUUGAUGCCCCCACCCCACUGUCCUUGCAAAAAAUUCAGGUUUUACACCGGUCCCUGGAGCAAAAAAGGUUGGGGACCGCUGGUCUAGUUGAUGGGGCAGGACUUAAAAUUUUGAUCAUGCACCUUUGAAGGUGCCCAAACCAGGGCCGGAUUUCAAGAUUCCCACACCCCUAGGCCCUUCACCACUCACAUCUCACCUCCCCCUGCUCGCAUCCGCCGUCGCACCAACACUCCCGUUCUCACACUCUCACCAACAUCCCCCUGCCACUUGAACCUCUGCCUGCUGCUCCUCCUCUCAACCCAACCUGCUUCCCCCAACAGUACUUGCACUUUGAGCACUCUUCCCCCUUUCUUAUCCCACCAGACUACCCAGAGCUCGCAACCUUCCCACCUUUGCUGCUUAAACCUCCCCCCCCCCGUGCGUAUACGCACAUGUGCACACACUUUCCCUGUCGGCACUGAGGUCAUCGAGCACAGUCCUCGGUGCCUUAGCACAGUUAUGCUGCUUGGUUUCAGGACCGGCUGCAUCUUCCACGCUUGCCCCCUCCUCCCAAGGACGCAUGGUCCUAGCACCAGCUCCAUAGCGCAUGAACCCUCCCCAUGCACGUGCGCUCUGGAGCACUGGGGAACUCUUGAGUCCUCCGUGCUCCUUAGGGAUUCGGCUGGGCGGCAUGCCCUAGGCCCGGGCCUUUGUGGCCUCGACACAAAUCCGGGCCUGGCCCAAACAUUGUAACGUUAAUGCUGGAUCAUCUGAUAGAGCUAAAUAUUUCUUUUUGUUUUUAACUGCAUAUCUGACAAUUCAGCUCUUAACGUUGGUAGAGAGGAUGAAAGAUCCGUCAUUACAGCAUGUGUGGCCACCUUUACUGCUAAACUUAAAGCCCUAUGUCCCUGUGUGACAUGCCUCACAGCAAAUGAUCUGCUUUGUGUGCCCUUGACAGAAGAAAAGAAGAACUAAACCCUAAAAAAUUAAUAUGGUUAAAAAUGCCCUAUUUAACAUACUUACAUAUUUUACAACUUAUUGUACCAGCCUAAAGUUUCAGCUUCUCAAUAGCAGCAAUGAUCCAGAACUUCAAACUUGUCACAGGGGGUCACCAUCUUGGAAAGUGUCUGCGACACUCACAUGCUCAGUGGGCUCUGAGCAGCUGUUGAGAAGCUAAGCUUAGGGGUUGUCACUAAUUAUCCAGCAGAAAAUAAGGUUGUCCUGUAAUAUAAGCUGAUGCUAUAAGGCUAUGCUAUGAUGAUAAUUGUACUAGUUGCUGAGCUGACAUGUAGUAACUAACUGUAUUAUGUACUAAUCCGCCUUAUAUAGUAUAUUGUGAAUGGGUUCCUAAGCUCAGUAACUGACAGCAGCACAGAGCAUGUCCAGUGAAGAAGAUGGGGAGCUACUGGGACAUCUUCAGAGGCACAGAGCUUUACUGCUAAAGGGCUGUGGUUGCCUUGGGCUGGUACAAAAAACCCAAAACAUUCUAGCUACUUCUUUAAGUACAGGCUUUAGUUCUCCUUUAAGGCCUGUAAAGUUUUAAGUUGUAAGGCACAUCCUAAUGCCAUAGCUAUGACUCUUGUGAUACUAUAUAAAGACAGUUAAACUCUAAGCCAUAAAGCAUUGCAUCAUGGUGCCACUGUGACAGAAUACUCUGUUAUACAGAUAGCCAGAAUCUCAGCCAUAAAACAGGGCAGGACUGCUCUACUACUACCACUAUAAGGGACUAAACAAAGAGUAAACUGUAACAGCUAAGUAAUAAAUAGAAACAUUUUACUUGGAUCAUAAUACCCUUUUAAAUCAGCAGUGGUUGACAAGGGUGAUGGAAGUUAUAGUUUACUAGCACUCUGCUAUCUUUGAUUUUUAGCAGUGAAUAAAGUUGGCUGCAGUGUGCAUGAAAGCUGAUACUGGGGUGGGGUAUGUCAGAUAUUUUAUUAUAAAACAGCAUUCAGUGGCUGGGCUGUGGUGCUAGUAGGGUUAAUGCAGCCAUAUGAAAUGAAUAAGUGCUUGGGGUAGAUAAUAAAGUGCAGCUGGCAUGGAGCGCCAUACAAUUGUGUCAAACCUUGGAAAGGCUCCAGCUGAAGAAAAGCUCCUUUUUUCCUUGUGUAUUUUAUCAGGAACUUGUCAAACAGAGUUUUAAAGGAGAAAACGCCAGAGACUUUAAUAACAGAGUGGGGGUAGGGAGGGGGGUACAAGAGGACGGAGACGGGGAUUCUAGAAAUAUAAUUUCACUGAUUUUUUUUUUGUGAAUGUAUUAACUUAUUUCUAGGGGAUAAUAAACAAUAGAAUAUUUUGCUUGAAA